CCUAGAAGCCGUACGACCUUCCCUGGAACUUCUGGAACAUGUGAAGCAUCGUUUGAAGCGACCUGUUUGGAUCAAUGCAGACAUCCUACCGGGACCGAACGGGAGUAAUGCCGUUGUGGAUGCAAAAGCUUUCCUUGACACCAUCACUUCGUUUUUCCCAAAUGUCACCUUAUCUCUGGGGUGGACAACUGGCUGGCACCCUGACAGACACAACAAAGGCUAUGACUGGAUGAUGGUGAAAGAAAUGGCUCAGAUAUGCAGUACACUUUCCCAGCCUGUAACUUUCCCUGUCAGAGCAGCACUGGUACGACAGUCAAUAACUGAGCUGUGUUGGUUAAUGCAGCAGUCGGAUAGGUACAGCCUCACUCUUUGGACAGGAAAGGAAGAUGUGUAUUCUGUAGAAGAUUUGCUUUACAUCCGAGAAAACCUUGAUAAAAGUAGGGUUUAUUAUGACAUCUUAGAGCCACAAAAUUCUGAAUUUAAAAAAGCCAUAGGACUAGAAUAG